AUGUUACAAAUGACCCAUGGAGUUCCCAUUGUUGGUGAGCCAAUUUUGUCAUCUCUCUUGAAAGCAAAGUAUGACAGCUUUGCACCUCUCAUUCCAAUCAGUUAAUGCAUUUGGAUAUAAUUGGUGGAUCAAAAUUACUGAUCUGAUUUUAAGGGAAAAACGUAAUCUCCUUCCUAUUGGAUCCCACUUUUCCUGACAUUAGAUUGAAAGAGGGUAGUGUGGUGUUGUGGAGAAGUAAUGACGAUCCUACUUUUCCGUGCUACUGAUCUUGUGCUGUACUUGGUUUUGCCAUUCAUCUAUUUGUAUGUCUUUUUUCUGUUACCAAUGAUGGAUAGUGUCUACAUCUUGAUGACUAGCAGACUUCCAUUAUCAUUUGUCCUUUAUUCUCUCGCAUUCAAUCCUUCUGCCUUCCAGUACUCUUCGAAGAAAGUAGAUAGUAUGUUAAUGUAAUUUUUUUUUUGUAGAGUGUUCUUUCGUGAUGUUUAUUAAGUUUCUGUGGUUAAGGAGAAUAAUGUUUAUUUCAUUUCUUUUCUAACUGUUUUCUUCUGGUUAGUCCUCCUUUUUUGUAGUUUUGCUCAUUUUAAAAACAUAUAAAAGUUGGGUGAUCUGACUGUGAUCCUGAACUCUUUUCCUCGCCGAUCUCUUAGACUGUGAUUUUUUGAAAAUCUGACUAGUUAUGCUACAUUAACCGCUGAUCCACCUUAUGGUGUAACUAUUCUUUCCUCCACCUCAACCUGUUCAUCCACCGCACAUCCUCUUGUUUAUAUUUCCCUCUAUAUUUUGUUGGUUAGUUUUGAUCUAUUUCUUAGAGUCACUUAGGGAGGAUGUGGAUCUCUGGUCGUUUAAAAUGAUGCACACAAGCAUAGUUAUGACACAGCGAAUUCGCCCAGACGUGCUUCACUGAACAUAGUUGGAUUACAGAUAUUGUACUCUGAAGUCUGGCUGAUAGGGUGUCUGAAGUGGCCCAUGGAGUAUGGUUUUGCAAAAGAAUCCAUUUCUCCAAUCCAACUUGCAAUAAAAUGGGAAGCUAAUGCUUGAAAUCAAUAUUAUUUGUUUUUUAUUUAGCUUUACCUUUGUCUUCAGUUUUUAUCUUGUUUCCAUUUUGUAAUACUAUUUGAGAUCGUCCCCUCAUUGUGCAGCAAGUUGAUGGCCAUGCAACCAACGACUACUGGCAGUAUGCAGUUCAAUAUAUUCUGCAUUUUUACGAUUAUUAUGAAGUGUUUUGUCUUCUAGCAUUUUUUUUGCUGUUUCACGGUUGUAUGGAAAAUAUAAGCCAAUGAGGAUUAUUGAGAAUGUGUUAUUGCGGAAUUAUGGGAUGAUAUUUUUACAUUUUAUCUUGUUUGGUAUUUGAAGUAUCCUUUGUAAAUAAUAUUUCAGGACCUGAUCAUCAAUAACUUUGGUUAAUGUUGUCUAUGCCCUAUUUUCAACAAGGAAAUUUUUCUUGGAGUUCCACGCUACCAGCUCCGAUGUGGUACCCAAUGAUCUCUUCGGAUUCCUAUUUCUAUCAGUUAUAAAUAAGUGGCAUUGAGGAAACGUGGAGCUCUCAGUUUCUUGGAUGUCUAAACAAAAAGAAUCCCAGUGGAACUUGUGUAUUUUUUCUGCUCAUCUAUCUGAUCAGGAAAAAUUCUUUAGGUUUGAAGCCUUUUGCUGUAAAAAUUAUUUUCUGAUUCGAAAUAGUCAAUAUAUACGUAAAUUAUUUUUAUUUUACAGAUUUUUUGGGCUGCACUGUAAGGUCUGACAGCAGUCAUGGUCGGGUUUUGGGGCCUGUGUUUUUCGUUGUUUCUUUUCAGCAGUAGCCGCCAUGAAGAGUUUGAAGGUAGACGGACAAGGCUUACUAUUGGUUUCAUACGAGGGAAAACUAGGAGGAGAGAUGAUUGAAGGAGAGAUCUUUCUUGGUGCAAAAUUUACUCACCUUUCCCGGGGUAGUCACUUAUGGAAUGAUGAACACUGUUGGUUGAAUCAUUGUAUGACAUUGUGAGUAGGAAUUCCAUUUGGUUUCGUCUUACACCUUGUUGUAGUUAAGAGUAUAAAUUGUCGCAUAGAAAUCCUCAUUGAGAGUAUUCACCUGGAAGCUGUGUAUGUGAGGAAUAUCACCGGGACAAAGGAGAAAAAUUUGAUCAGUACAAGAAGAUUAAAUGAUGUUUUCCUUGAGUGAAGCCUUCUGCUGACAUAAAAAAUCAACGAACAGAAUUAUAUUAGAGUAGGGUAUCAAGUUAGGUACUUAAUCCAAAUGACAUCUGAUCAUUCAAUCCUUGAGAGCAUAGCAACCUCUGACUGGCUGAAAGGAACCAAAAAAAUUGAUGAUAGGAAAAUGGAAAAAAAUUAAUGGUAAAAAUAUUAAUUAUCAUAAAUAUUGUCUACUGUCCCACCGCUACUUAAUCAUAGGGAGUAGGGCAUCUGUUGUAGUUUUCCUUGGAUUUUUCUUCAGUUUCGGAUCAGUAUGAGAAUAUCUAGAGCUGGAUCAGCCAGUUAAAUAUUCCAUAUGAUUUUGACGUAAAUUUAUGGAUUAUAAACUAGAGACCAGUUGAUUCCAAAGCUCGAAUGGGAUUUUUUUCUGCUUCAGUUUCAGGAUCAACAUGCAUCCAUCUUGAUCUAGAAUAAACAGUUAAGCAUUCCAUGCUACUUGAUGGGGAUUCACAAAUCCUAAUCUAUUGACCAUUUGAUUCCACGCUUCAGCUUUGGAAGAGGCUGCAACUGCAUACAGAUGGUAGUGGUUUGCUAUUGACUUCACUAGGGUUUUCCUGGGAAGGAAGAUUAUGAUGAACCUCAAGUUGGUGAGAACUUAAAUGCUGCUUAUAUGUUACCCAUAUGAAUUAGCCAAAAACUUGUUAAGAAGAUGACAACAUUUUUGUCCUACUUAUUUCGUUUUGUCCCCCGUGCACCUUAUACUGUGGGUAUUUUUAUCCUGUGGUUUUUUCUGUGUUUGCCCUGUUUAUAGGUUGAAUGAGAGGAGCAAACGGACCUAUCUCUUGGUCCUGUAAUCCCCCCUCCUUUCUCUCUUCUGCUCUUCUGCUCUUCUGUAUUGACAAACUGCUUUGUGCGUGUCAAACCGGCUUGUUGUUUUCUUCCUACUACCAGUGGCAUCCAUGGUAUUUGUGCCGAGUUGAUACCUUUUAAGAAGAUCCACUCUCUUGAUUAAUACCCACCUUUUUUUCCUUGAGACCAAGUCUUUGAGUAGUCAAGUCUUGUACCAUCACAGUUGAAUUUUGGGGUUUGAACAAGAAGUGAAUAUGCUAUUGAUGUCAAGGUCGGCUAAUGUAAAACCUUGGAAGUUCUCUGAAGUGUCAUUGAAGCAGAUAUAAGCGUCAUGGAAGUUCUGCUCAUUAAUGCAGUCAUCCAGAAACGUGGGCUUAUCAUCUGUUUAACAGAAAGAUAGAUGAUACCUUUGGAUCGCUAUUCUUGCUGCUACUGGGAAAGAUUUGAGGAGGUUAUGCCAUUUGUGUCAGUUACCAAUAUAGAUUGAUGGUGCUGUUUGGCAUGCACCCAAGUCUUUGUCUUUUUGUGGCUGGGGCAUUUUCAUAGCCAUUUCCAUUGCGAUUCUGGACUUACCUUGCUAUAUGUAACGUUGCGAUUUUUUUUCGAGAUGCUGUUUGGAUUUUGUAGAUGAGCCUAGAAGCCAGACUGAAUCCAGGCUUUGACCUAGACCUAGUUGACAAGUUAUAGUAUGUUACUCUCCAGAUGUACUGCAGAUUAAUGUCUUUUUGUUAUGGCUAGAAGUUUUCUCAGUUGAUAAUUGACUCGAUAGUUUAUUUUACCUAUUGAUGAAGGGAGUACAACCAUAUCUGGUUGCAUGUGGUAUCUAUUGUACCAUCGCAGUUUAGAUUGUCCUAUCCCUAUUUGCGUCACCAGUACCCAAUCUGAUUGGUUGGCGGACUCUGACCCUCCGUGGAUCGUCUGAUUUAAGCUCUGACUUGAGAUUGAUUUAGCAUACUUAGGGGCUGAUUUAUAGUGGAAUCAGCUAAUCUUCGUUGGCUAAUGCCUAGCCAAUCUGAUCCAGUCCACAUGGCCUGAAGGCUGUUUGUCAGUUUGCUGAUCCAAUACCAGUCCCCAACUGGAUGAUUAGGCCUGGGAAUACUGCGUAUCAAUCUGAUUGUCUACCUUGUCAUGGAUAGAGUAAAGGCCCUGCACUCAUGCUCAAUGUGAAGACAACAUUUAAUAUUUCAGUGGAGGACCAAGUCUCUAAAUAACGGGCUGUUGUGGCGGCAACCUUUUUUAAUGGAGGCUAGCUGGCUGGUGACUUCUCGAACCAUGGCUCAUGUUUGCUGUUCUUAACCAUUUAUCAUCUUGCCUUAACGAAGCACCAUCGAUAGCAAUGGGGGCCUACCGUUAUUCUCUCAUCGCACUAUUCUGUCUUGUAGAGGCAGCCACAUUGAAGGAAUCAACCACCCGUAAAUGAUGUAUCAUGAAGUGGCCAUCUAACAGAUUAGUUGAUUAUCCAUUUAUCUGGUAUCAUGUUUGGAAGUUUUUCUCAUUUCCGCUGUUAUACGUUCAUAUUGACCCUUGUUAGCCUCAGUUAACUAGAUAUGAACCAAGGGGUCUAACAACAUUUUUUUGACUAUGAGAAAUUAAAAUGUUUUCUGUUGUGGAGAACAUUGGGGUGGAUUCGUAAAGCCAAGCUAUAUUAUGUUGCACAUAGCAUACGGAAUUUUUGAUGAAAUAGGCUUAAAGCGCCUGGCUAAAAAUAAAGACCAUUAUAUUGCAAUAAGCAUGUGGACAUUUGGUCUUCCAACAACCAAGGAUAAGACACCCACCCAUCUUUUGGAAGUACUAGCUAUCAAGUUCCGUCUUCAUGUUGUCUGUUAUUGGCUUCUUUCUGUGACUUUUAUAUUGAUGAUUCCUGAAACAUUAUAAAUAAGAACAUAGAAACAUGAAACGUUUGAUCAUGGGGGUGGAAGGCAUAAAUCUUAUUUAUUUUCAUAAUGUUCAAUAGAUUCUUGUGUUCAUUAUUGAUGUCAAUAUCAUGCUUCAUUGUUUUCUAUGCAGUUUAUCAUUUUCCUUUCUGCACUUGUGCAAGUAUCUCGUGUAACUUUUACGUGUGCAUCAUAUAUCAAAUUUUAAGUGAGAGAUUUAAUUGGGGACCUUGUUUCAGUUAUAAAAUUGUAAUUUUAAUAUUUUUCUUAAUGCCAAUAAUAUUGAUCAACUUUAAAAGGGAAAGUGAUAGAGAAAAUAACCACAGAUGAUUAAAUAACUACAUAUAUGGACAGGUUGUUCUGAUAAUGCGUCAGUAAAAAAUUUCUUGUUUGUGUUUCUAGAUGUUAUAUUAUCAGUAUUUUGUUGACCUUUUGUCAAAAGAUGGCAUGAAGACAUGAAGACAUAUGCAUGUGAUUGGCAUUCUCAUUUGUUGAAAGCUUUUAAUGGGAGCUGAUCUGUUUCGAUAUUUCCAUUUGAUAAGUGUAACGCAUAUCUACUUAUUAUGAUGAACCGGCACUUGUAGAGGCACCAGGAUUAGGCGGCAAUAUUUCUAGCAAACCCAAAGAUACAUUAUCAGAUCGUCAAUUCAUGGAACGGUUGGAAGCAGUUAAAAGGUGAGAAGAAAACAGGUUGAUCAGUUCCCUUGAAAUUUUAUUCUAGAAAAGCUUUGCAGGCUAUGUUGUAGCCAACUAAAAUCAUAUAAAUUUAUUGGAUAAAUUUCAUGUGAUUUGUGUGAGAUGUUUUUGCCAAUUUACAUCUCACAGAUGUACUAUCAUAACAGCAAGUUUCUAUUAAUAUUCAAUCUAAUUCAGAUUAAAGAUAUUUGGAUCCUCUGGCCAAUGAUUAGCCUUUGGAUUCAUUUUAAGGUUCAUAGAUUCUUUUGUUUGGGACAGGAAUUUGGUAUGAAGCUACUUCAUGUCAUAAAAUAGAUGCUUGUGCUAUUUUUGAUGUUUCAAAUUGAAGUUCUAAUAGUAAUUCAACUACAGUGGAAAUAAUAUUUUUUUAAUAAAAUGUGCGUACAAAAUAUAAUGAUAUGAGGACAAAAGUAGUCACACAAGGCACAAGAGAUUUGUAGAGAUUCUGUCGACCCUCAGCGUAUUCUACUCCCCAGUUAUCUCUAUUAAUUUCCUUAGAUUAGCUUGGGGACAAGCUAACUUAUUAAAUGUGCUAACCAAGCCUUCAUAUCGUGAGCAUGUCUUAUUCAUAGUAAUCUUGUUGCUGUGGUUAAAGAACGAAGAAAGGAAAUAAAUAAAUGAUUCACGUAUGUUGGAGGUUCUGUUGUUCCUGGAUUAAUUUUUGGACACGCUGUAUAUGCAUUUUGUCAGAAAUGCACACAUGAGAGAGACUUAAAAACUUGAGACUUGGCAUGCAACAGUCUUGAUUUGUUUUUCACACUGCAAUGCAUCAUUUAUAAGCCUUAAAUAUGUUAAAAAAAGACAGGUGGCUCCAAAAAUAAGCAUGAGUCUCUUUUGAUUUUGAUUUUGAUUUUUGUUUUCCUGCAUUGUAACCGUCGAUAAGUGCUGGUGGGUUUAGGCUGAUUUAGCCUAAUGUCCAGUACAUGAUCCCAUCAUGCAAAAAAUAUGGCUAAUAACUUCGAAGAGAGAGAUCACUCGUGGCUUUCAAAAGACAACUAAAGUCUGCGAAUCCUAGACUAAAUGAAUUAUUCUUUGGGCUGUGUUAAUUAUGAUGUAUGUGUCCUUGGAAUAUGGCUCUUAUUUGUCUUAUAAUGAUCUAUCUAUUCAAGAACUGCUUGUUGAAGAGAUUGAGACCAGAAGACAAUCAAAAUAACUGCAGUCAAAUUAUGAAAAAAUAUUUGCUCUAUUGAUUAAAUCGGUAAUAAAUUUUCUUGGAUAAUUUAUUUGAUUUCAUAUUUUAUCUCUUCCUGUCGUUGUUCAUCAUCAAAGGUACUUUUAUCAUUCUAUUUUCAAUAAGAUCUCUUGGGAAUUUAUUCAUGACUUGGUUAGUUAUUGGUACAUUUGUGUGAUGUUAUGUUCGUUUUAGAUACACAUUUGAAGUAUACUGUCUUUAGGUACUGGGAUAGGGAUUGUGUACCUGUCUUCACUGUCAGAAGUCUUGGGACGAAUAUUUAUAUUUUUCUAGUUUACCUUUUGAACUCUUCUGAAUAUGCAAACAAAUGUUUCUUUGCAGAAAAUUUUCUUUGACGACUUCAUUUUGCUGUGACAUCUGAAACAUAUGCUUCUCUGGAGAUGCAUAUUGCUUCUGGCAAGUAUUUUUUCAGAGCAAUCUAAGUAACCUUUGGAAUCAUUUCUUCAGGUCAGCACUUGAACAGAAAAAGAUUGAAGAAGAGAAGUUCACUCAAGAAAUUGAUUACGAUGCACCAAUUGAUUCUGGUCAAAAAUCAGUUGGCAUUGGUAUGAAGGUAAAAAAUACCAAGUAAUGGUCACCUUUGAAACAAAUGAAAAAUCCUGGUAUCCUCUUUUCUCAUCUUUGUAACAAAUUAACCGAAUGAAAACUGAAUGUUAAAAAUAGGUGGGAGUAGGGAUUGCUGUCGUCAUUUUUGGUUUGGUGUUUGCACUUGGUGACUUUCUACCUUCUGGAAGGUAACGAAAUUCAUUUUUUAUUAUCGUCAUGACCUUCUUCCUUUCUCAUCACCGUUAUUUGAUACUUUGUCAUUUAACAGUAGAUGUCUACAUAGCGAUUUUUCCCACGUGUAUGAGAGUAAGCUUAACAGUUUAGACAUUUAAUGGCUUCCAAUGAAGUUAAUAUGUUUUAAUCCUCGCUCUAGCGGUAAAAGGACUACUUUAAUUGAAAAAAUUAGUAAAUGCACUGACAACAUCAUUUAUUCUACUCCUACUUGGUGGGGGGAGGGUGUCAGAGAAGAUAAAUGAAGAACCAUUUCGUGCCCCAUUUGAGUUCACUUGAGGGAAAAAAAGGUUCUCAUCCCUAUCCCAGUUAUCAAAGAGAUUUACUGGGAAGAGCAUUGCAUUGCGUACAGGUCUGAAGUAAGAGCUAGUGCUUCAGACCUGGUUACCUUUCCUCGAUUGAGAAAUUCAGGAUCAUGUAGGACAUCAAAGACUAGGUUUGCUUUCAGUUCAUUUGAGGUGGCAUGAGGUAUGAGGUUGCUUCACAAAAAAGGAGAAGCUGGGGGAGGAGUCAUGCUUCCGUAGUAAGGGGUAGAGGAAUAUCUUGGUGUUAAUCUAAGGUUCCUUGCCCCCUUGUGUUGCUUAUGACCAUAUGUUGUAGUCAUUUAUGUGUGAUUUAACUGCUGUAGCUAGUUUAUAUACAACAUUUUUAAAGUACAGUUGAUGGACGGAUAUUAAACAUAGUGCAAUUCAGAAAUGGGAUGGAAUCAUUAAAUAUCUUGUUUUUCAUUGUAAGAUAAUAGUUCAAAUAAUCAGUGAUUCUACUCCUGUUUACAUACUUCUUCUACAUUAUUUUUCCUACCGAUACUACGAUUUUUUUUUUUCACACAAUUCACAGAAUGACAGCUUUUAUGUCUUUCAAGUCCUAAGCAGUUGUUGUUGCUUGUUGUAGUGUUAAGACUGAUGACCAGUCAGUAGUAGAUGAGAAAAUACUCUCUGAAGAGGAGAAGGAAAGACUACAGGUCGGAUUCUCUUACACAUAAAAAGGUUUCUUUAAAUAUGAAUUUACAGAUGACUGAUCUGUAGGUUUGUCUUCAAAUGAUAAUGUUAAUUAAAUGAAGUAUCCAAAUAAUGUUACGUAUGCAGGUCUUAAUGGAUAUCACUUUCUUUGUGUUAUUUGAGCUUCGAAGCUAUUACUGUUGCUUGAUUUGUUACUUGGGUGAAUCUUACAGAAUGACGUGAACCCAUGUAUAUUUGUCUUAUUUUUACUUAUUUAAAAAUCAAUUAAAAUUUUUACAUACAUUUUAAAAACUAUCAUAAAUUAUUUAGCCUCAUCUAGCACCUCAUUUUUGUAAUCUGGAUAUCAAGCCAUUAGAUCAUCACUACGGUUGCAAUGAAAUUACAUCUUACAUAGAGGAUCAUUGGGAAGAUGAAAUUGAACAAAGUGAAAACAAACAUAGAAAAGGGAACAAUAUUUGGCCAUCUAGUUUUUUCACAGCCUGCAGAAUAUGCUUCAUUUAAUCAAUUAUGUCUCAAUAUUUAUAUAAUGAUUUUGUUUAUCUGACCGACUUGAUUAGGCCUGGCCAAUCUGGCUCUGUUCCAACUAAGAUACAAUGUGGGAACCUUGCCGGUGGGCAUGCUUUUUCCAUGUUUCAUAAAGUUAAUGGGUUGAAAGAAUUUUAGGUACUGGUUCAAUCUAUGAGGUUCAUAAUUAAAGAUAGUCUGUUACAAGCAUACUUUCCUGACAAUGUAAUCACUUUGUUAAGUAACGACUUCAUCUUAUUUGCUUUCCUGUUAUUAUUAAGGAUAUUUCCCAUGAUUGUUUAUGCUGAUCCUCUUAUUUUAAUUGUGCAGAAAAAACUCAGGGAUUAUCAAGUGAUACUGAGUGGAUCUCCUAAUGAUCUUUCAGCUCUAGAAGUGAGGGCAAAUCUCCAAAUGAACAGAUGCAUUUUUUGUAUUCAUUGAUAAUAUUGGUUCAUUUUUUUACUGGCAUUAUUUUACUUUGGUAUGUUCCUUGAAGAAAAAUCUUGAUGAAAGUCGAUUGGAUAAUACUCUUCAGUGCCAAUUGUUUUUUUUUUUUGAGGUGGUUAAAUUACAUGGAAUUCCUAAGUUUAUCACCUCUGAUCAGGUCAUAAUUUUGUCAAUAUUUUUAAACUCAAUUUGAUUCUGACAUGUACUUCAUUUGCUGUUACUAAAACUUUGGGAAUAUGAUGUAAACGUUUCUUGGAAAGGGAGCUCAAAUAUUGAUUUUAGUAGUGUUGUAGCACUCCUGGACACACUCUAGAUAUAGCUCCUAUUUAGUUCUUAGAUUUGUUGGUUCCACAGAAGAAGAAGAGUUCCCAACAGCCAAUAUCAUACCACAAUCACCCUUUUUCUGACUGUUGUUAUCUUCUGGAUCCAGGAUUUGAAUGAGACCGGUCCUUUAUCACAAAAUAGGAUGUUUUGAUGAGGCAUUGUUACACCCAUUGGGUGUGAUUGAUUUUGAUCAUGUGCGGACCUCUUCUCCUCCAUUCCUCCUCAGCUUUCCAUUUCUUUCUUCAGAAGACAGCAAUAUUUCCAUCUUCUGCUUAUUGUGAUAGAUAUCUGCUAUCACCCAUGACUCUGUAGUUUCCUGUUUUGCAAUACUCCUCGCCGCCAUGUAUUUCCUGAUGUGCUUUGCCUGCUGCAUUAGAAGCCAUUCUAUGUAUUGUUGAAUUUUUCUUCAUGCUCCUGUCAGCCAUAAAUGACAUGUUUUAUUGCCUAUCAUUCCAAAGCAACACUCGUACAGUCCCUAGCCCUCUUCUUUGACCAGACCCCUCAUAUUGUUUUAAACUUUGCCUAAUACGCUUGGGUUCAUCACCCACACAAACAUGGGGAAUAAAAAUGAUGGUUCCCCACCCACAAACAUAAAAAAGAAAACAGUUUUGUGGGGGUAUGUGGAGUUGGGUGGUUGUGUAGGGGAGAGAGAGAGAGAGAGAGAGAGAGAGAGAGAGAGAGAGAGAGAGAGAGAGAGAGAGAGAGAGGUGGAGGAUGAGGACAUGAUGAGGAUGAGAGAGGUGGAUGUAAUGGUGAGUGGUAUUUAAGCAGAAAAGAAGCAAGCCGCCAUCUAACUCGUUGGGUCCAAUAAUCUAACUCAUCCUGGCAGGGAAAUGGGGAGUCAAUUAGUUCACACAAAAUGGGUGUUGAAAAUCCCACUUCCUGUAAAUUGCUUCGAUUGUCUGCCCAUUUCUGGGUCGGCCACUUGAUUUGUGACCUAGGCAUCGAUCUGUGUGAUUAUGAAAAGGGAAAUGAUACAUAAAUUGUUUAAUCGUUAUUUAUUCAAAAUCUUUGUAUCUUUACGAGAAAGAUCACCUCAGUUAUGAAUGAUGAUACAAAAAUUAUUAAUUUUUCAUAUAUUUUCCUUUUCUGUCAUGCUAUCCAUAAGCCGCCUUAAACAUUGUUCAUUUAAUUUUCUUGUCAUCAGUUUAUUAUGGAAACUUUUUUCCUGAAAUUUCUACAUAUACUCACAAAGGUACUCUAUGCAGGGAGCAGCAGUUACCUCAGCAGAACUAGGGGAGUUUGGUCAGGCAUCCAAUCUACUGGAGAAACUCACAAAGGUGUGCUACUACAUUUAAGUGAUUUUUUUUUCUUUUAGCCUCGUUUUUCUGUCUAAUUUUUUGUUGUCAAACUUGGUUAUUAAUGUUCAGGAAAAGACGAAGGACCCUGAUGCUUUUCGUUUACUUGGGGAAGUCAAGUAUGCAUUGAAGGAUUAUGAAGGGAGUGUUGCUGCCUAUAGAGACUCUUUUUCUGUUAGUAUGAUUUAAGCCAUUUUCUUGCUUCAACAAAGUAAAAAACAGUUUUAAAAUUCUCUUGUAAUCGGUCUUUGUUGUGAUGGUAACCCAACAAGUGACCCAAAAUAAAAAGUAUACCAGAAUAUUAAUCAGCUACAAUGAGGAAUGUUUUUCUUUUCCACGUCCAGACACAUUCGUUAUCCUUUUUCUUCUAUUGUAGGCCUCGGAAACAAUUAAUUUUGAAAUUCUUCGUGGAUACACCAAUUCAUUACUUGCUGCAAAGAAGCCUGAUGAGGUAUGUCUUUUGCUUUAUGUAUUUUCAUCGUAGUUAUAACUUCAAGAGAUCCAGAUAUUUGUAAUGUCAUCUUCCACAUCUGUUGAAUGAGUAAUUUAAUUUCAUAUCCCAUUUUCUGUUCAAGAUUUUGACAAUAAAGUAUAUAUUAUGUUAAUAUAACAAAUCAUGAGUUUAAUUUCUUUUUCAGUGAUAAAAGCUAAUGAAUAGUUAUAAUAUCCAGAAAUUUUCACUACUAGUAUAAAACGUAAUGCUGAAAUUAAAUAAAUCAAAGAAAGUUCAAAGUGAAAUGAAAUCAAAGAAAGUGUUAGGAAAAAUAUCUAAUUAGGAGUCAGUUUCCUUGUUUGUUAGUUUCCUUAACCUAGGCGGUUACCUUUUGUUUGUGGCUAGUGUAAUUGUAUAUACUAGAAAUUAUUCUAUGAUUUGAGGAGAAGAAAUUUUUACUUAACGUUUAUCCUUGCACAGUUUGCCUCAGAAGGGUAGCCCAAGAAAGGCAAUUAAUUGAAUAGUUUUGAGGAUAAGAAAAAUAUACCAUUAGUAAUAAUUUAUGGAUGUAGUGAAGGUAAUGGCCCUGGUUAGGUUUAUUGUUAUAAUUUUGCCGUAGGUUAUGCCUUGAUGGCGACUCUAACCUGGAGAAAUCGGCAUAA